AUGCCUUAUUCUGAAGGAUUUCGAUAUUACCUCACGUGUAUCGAUAGAUAUACUCGAUGGCCUGAGAACCACGGCCUAUCAUCCGUCAGCAAAUGGCAUGGUGGAACGAGCCAUCGGCAGCUUAAAGCCGCCAUUAAAUGUCAUCAAAAUAAUCGAUGGACAGAAACUCUUCCGACAGUCUUAUUGGGCAUCCGAGCAGCUUGGCGCGACGAUCUUAAAUCCACCUCUGCAGAAUUAGUCUAUGGAGAGCCACUUAGACUCCCUGGUGAAUUCCUAACGUCAAAAGAUAAUGCUGCCAAGUUCGACGACGCAGCUGAGUUUAUCAAAGAUCUUGGACAUCACAUUCAGCAGAUCCGACCUGUCAAUAGUACACGACAUGGCGAGAAGAAAAAAAUUGUUUUCAAGGACCUUGCAACCACAGAAGUCAUAAGUCGAAAUAAAAAAACUUUUGUCAUUGAUAUAAAGAAGAAAAAAGUUAGAGUAACUAUUGAUAGACUUAAACCGGCCUACAUCAUAGUAGACGACCAUUCUAAGGAACAUAUUUCGAGAAAAAUUCAGACACCUACACCGAAUAUCAUUACAAAGGAGUAUCAAAGGACACGUUCCGGAAGAAGAGUUCGUUUUCCAGACCGUCUCCAAGUAGGUUAUGCUUGA